ACCAGUGCCCUUGGUGGGAGGCAACAAGUUAAGGACUUGUUCUCUGGAUGGUCACUUGUUUCUUGCAAGAGACAGUACAUUAAGGUUUUACUGUGAGAGUAAGUAAUUCAACGACAAAAACAACGUUUUAACUCUGGAACAGGUGGACGACGAUCGAGGGAUUAAGUUGAUAAAGUCUCACAUAGAAGAUAUUGUUGCUCACCACAGGAAUCUACCAACAAUUGUCCAGUACAUGUUCAGGCUUCCACUUUCCUUUUGGAACCAUGUUUGACAAAGAACAUUACGAUAGCCCUCCCAUGUACAGCCCGCCGUACAGCCCAACCAACGGCUACGGACCCCCAGCGAGCUUCCAUGCCUCAAGGACCGAGCUGGACGCUUACCCGCCUCCUCCGGGAUCGUACUACAUCGAGGAGAAGCCCCAGCUCUUUUAUAAGCUGUUCUCUCCACCGGGCAUUGUGAAGGCCAUGGAGGGCCUCAUUGUGGUGCUAUGUCUGGGAAUCUUCGCCUGCGUGGCCUCUACGCUCGUCUGGGACAUGGGGCAGUAUGGAAUGGGGAUGGGGGGAUAUGGUGGGGGGGGUUAUGGUGGGGGGGGUUAUGGUGGGGGGGGUUAUGGAUACGGCAGUGGCUACGGCUACGGGAGUGGCUAUGGCAGUGGCUACGGCAGUGGCUACGGCUCCUACAGCUCCUACCCAACCCCGUACUCGGCCAAGACCAGCAUGAUUGCCAUGGCGGCCAUCAACUUCAUUGCAGCGCUGGGCUUCUUCGUGGCCUCCUUCUCCAAGAGCAGCACCUUCCGCAGCCGCAGGUUCUUCCUGGCGGUGCUGGUGGCCAGCGCCAUCUUGGCCUUCCUGCAGGGCAUCAUCAACAUCGUGUACAUUGUGGGGGUCAAUCCCAUGGGCCAGAGCUCGUCCAGCAUGUACCUCAACCCCAUGCUGAUGAUGUGCCAGAACCUGUACAGCACAGGGAUGUCCAACAUGGGCGGAGUGGGGGGCUUCCCGAUGUACAACCAGUACCUGUACCAUUACUGCUAUGUGGACCCACAGGAGGCUGUGGCAAUGGUUUUUGGCUUCCUGGUUGUCAUCGCCCUGGUGGUCAUUGCUGUGUUCUCCUACAAAACGCGAAGCAGGAUUUGGCGCUACGGCAAGCCCAACAUCUACUGGGAUGAGCCACUGACCAGAGGCCCGGAGGGGAGAGAUGUGGAGGACUGGGUGAACAAUGUGGAGGACGGACAGAGUGUGCAGGACGCACCCACAGUGGUGAUUUCAGAGAAAGCGGCACCUCUUUUGAGCAAAGCAAACAGCAUCACCUCCACCCCUCCUAAAGACGAGAGCAUGUUCAGCAACGAGACCUACAACAACAACACUGGGUACUCUGAUCGUUCUGUUAGCCGUCCAUCGGAGCACCUGUCUCACGGUGGGGAGGUCAGCUCCAGCCCUUCGGAGGAGACUGGAGGAGUUCGUAAACCAUCGGCCAACCGGGCCAAGAGGAGGGGGCGUCGGAACACGGACUUUGAUGAGUCUCAGUACGAGACGGAGUACACCACAGGGGGCGAAACGAGUGAGAUGGACCGGGACAUGUGGGAGAGCGAGUACCCUGAGAUCACCUCUGACCCCCAGCGGCAGGAGUACAAGAAGGAGUUUGAUUCCGACCUGAAGCUCUACAAGAACCUGUGCACUGAGAUGGACGACAUCAACGACCAGCUGAACAAGCUGAGCCGCGAGCUAGACACUCUGGAUGAGGGCACCGGCAAGUACCAGGCUGUUGCGGAGGAGUAUAACCAUCUUAAAGACAUGAAAAGGAUGCCUGACUACCGAUCCAAAAAACAUCAGUGCCGUAAGUUACGGCAGAAGCUCUUCCACAUCAAGCGCAUGGUGAAGAAUUUUGACCGGAAUCAUCCCUAAGAAUUUACUGUAUUUUUCCCCCACCACUGCAUUACUGACAUUUAAACAGAAGGCAACACUCCUGUACUCUGGAUCUUUGUAAAGAUAGAAAAAAAAACUUGACAACACACAAGCCUUUGUGUAAAAGACUUUAUAACACGCCUAUACGAGACCACGUUCGCCUGGAACAUAGACUCCCAUAGUGCAGCAUUGCAGCUGGAUGACCACUAUGGCAACAUUAACACCCAAGACUGAGGUGACCACCAUCUCUCAUCUUUUGUCAUUCCGCUCAGUUCAAAGCUUUGGCUGCACCUACGCGACUAGCGUUCACCUCUCCAUGCAUUUACAAGUCAGCUGUAUGCCGUAUGGAGAAGACACAAGAGGUUUUUUGUUCCCUGCCUCUCCCUCUACCCUUCUACCCCCACCCCACCAACAACUCCCCUCCCAUUGCAAACCAUACUCUUGAAGCCUCUCACAGUUGUUGGGGUGUGCACGCAAACAGGUGUUAGAUGUAGCAGCCCUAGUUGCCUCCCUUGCUGUGGGAGUUCAGGGUGUGUCAGGGGAAGGUCAGCACAAAGUCAUCUAAAAGCUGAUAGGAGCUGGCCGGCCUUUGCAGCAUUACUGUUUGCUCCAGAUACGGGAAUGGCUUCACUGAUAAAGCAGCAAGAGCUAAAGAAACAGAACAGAACAGAACAAAUGUUUGAGCUGGGUCGAGGAGGGCGUGCCAAGCCUGUUGAAUUGAACUCUAUCUGAGACUAGCCCUCUCCUUUGAGGAAGGGCAAGUGAUUCCACGUGGUGCCCGAUGAUGUGCCUUCACUUUAACCAAAGGAAAGUGUCAUUUUUAUUUGUCUUUUAUUUGUCCUUAUAAGUAACUAAGUAAACAUCAACACAGACUUUGGGGGGGCUUGGAAGUCGCUUGUGGUUGCUUUGUGCUUACUGAAUUACCUGGCAACCACUUCUGUACAGGAGUAGGAGCCAGUUCCCUUAAGCUGUGCUUGGUUUGAAAAGAACAAUAUUGACACGUGAUCUUUAGUGCUUCUGCAAAGGUUGUAAAUCCCCAUAUAUUAAACACUUGUGAUUUGUUUUAGAAAGAAUACUGGUCAAUUUAGUUUGAUGAGCUUGGCCAGGUUGAUGUAGAUGACUCUUUCAUAAGUAUGUUUGCAGCAGUCUUUCUGGUGCACUGAAGCUAUGCAAAACUGAAAGCAGCACACACAGAAUUUCUUGUCCAAGUUGCCAGCCUUUCUGUGUCAUAAGCUCCUAUUCAGCAGGGAGUAUAUUACUGUUGCAGUGACCUGGUAUUCAACUUGAUGUGUUUUGGAUCAAAAGGCUGCCGUCUUAUGAUGGUGCCAAAAGUGUUUUAUUUUCUCACUGCCACACUAAUCAACAUGCUAAUAGGAAUCAAAAUGAAACACAUGUAGAUUUUUCUUGCCGUUGAAAAUUAUUACUUUUGUCACUGUGAUACCAUCUCUCACUCUUAUUGCCUUUACCGUGAUAAAUUGUCUGUAUCAUUUCAUAAAAGAUGUUUUUGUUAUUGUUUAUUUUCAAGCAAUUAUUGUCAGCUCAUUUGUUUUUUAAUGGCAGCAUUAUUUUAUAAUCUCACGCAGUAUUUUGUUUUGAUCAGUGUUUUGUAUCUAAUCUUUCUAAUUAAUAAAAAAGGAGGUAAACAGG